GCGGCGGUGGGAGUGUCCGCGAGGAGGGUAGAGCUGCUCCGCUCAGCUCGCGCGCAGGCAGGAGCGGCGCGCACAUGUGUUCAUUCUCAAGUUAAAAGAGUCGCGAGAGCAGGACGCUGACGAGCCGCGGACACGGGCAACAAGAAAAGUCGUUGAUAUCCGCGGUUGCGUUGCCUUCGUGUUCUUCUCCUCCCGGUGUGAUGUCAGCCUGUCGGGCCGGUUUGGUGCUCUUGUGCGCGGUGUUGGCGGUGACUCGCGGCCGCAGGAGUUCACCGGAGCAGGAGGAUGUGGAGGAGAAAAUCAACAGCGCCAGAUGCACGUCCAGGUGCCUUACUCUGCACAUGACCCAGCUCACUGCUGCCUUCAGACACCUCCAGAGUGACCACGUUCUGGUUUGGUGUGAAAACCACAGACGCUGCGCGCAGUGCCUCCAGCCGUGCAAAGAUCUGUGGGAAACCAGGAAGGUUCUCUCUCCAAAGUCCUGUGAGAAGCAGACAGAGUGUGUGACCAGCAGGGAGUUUCUGACCUCUCUGAGGUCGUCCCGUCAGGGAGACUGCCCUCCGCCUCAGCGAGCCACUGGGUUUGCUGCCGCCUGUGUGGAGAGCUGUUCCUCGGACCAGCAUUGUCCCUCCCCCAGAAAAUGCUGCUCUAAUGGCUGUGGACACACUUGCCAAGCCCCGGCCAAUCUAUAUAAAGGUGUUCCACUGAAGCCCCGCAGAGAGAUGAGCUUCGUGGAGGACUCAGAGGGUCAUGUGAAGGUGGCCUGGGUGUCAAAGUUCAACAUCAGUGUGGAGCCAAUCGUUUACAUGCUGCAGUCCCGCUGGAACGUCGGGAUUCAUCCAAGUGAAGACCACGCCUCUCCAUGGACAACCGUUGCCAUGACCCUGUCUGAGGACGUGGUUCUGUCAGACUUGAGAUCUCAGCGCUGGUACCAGUUCAGAGUCGCAGCCAUCAACAGCCACGGCAGCAGAGGCUUCACCACGCCCAGCAAACACUACAUCUCCAGUAAAGACCCCUCACCUCCAGAACAUCCAAAUAAUGUCAGAGUGAGCAACCAGACUUUAGACUACACGGGUUCACCACCAGAUGCACAGUUCACAGAAAGGUCGAGGGGAAGUAGGGUCACAGUGGCGGUCUUAUUAAGCUGGGAGCCCCCCAGAGAGGGAGACCUGCCAGUCCACAACUACAGAGUCACCUGGAUGCCUCGACAUGCACACGCAGUGCACAAACACACACACACUCUGCAUGCACACACACAUACAGUGAACAGUAACAUGCACACACGCCCUGCACAGUCACGCACACCGGAACAGGGUAAAAAGGAGAGCAACAGCAGAGUGACUCAGGGGGCGCAGUGUGAGCUGUGGCUGCAGGGUCUGUUGCCUGCUACUUCCUACCUCCUGUCGGUCCAGACGGUGGCCUACUGGGGUCAGAAGAGGUUGAAAAGUCCCAGAGCCCAAAUUGUCUUCACCACAAUAACUCAUACAGGCGAAGACUUCUCCAAUGAGCUCCCUUCAUCCUUGUCUUCAUCGUCUCUCCCCUCCUCUCCUUCCGUCUCAUCCUCCUUGUCUUCUUCCUCUGACCUCCCCCACUCCUCCUCUCUGCCUCACCCUGAAUCCCUCCUUCCUCCCGUCACCCCUGGCAACCUGCGACUGGAGGUGGCUGCCCCACAUUACCACGAUGACCAGCUGCAGGUCAAGGUGUUCUGGAAGUGGCCGAACCAUGGCAGACAGAGACACCCUGGUCCAUAUGUUUUGCGGUGGCGUCCACAUACCUGCACUGCUAACUUCACAAGCACAGAGAGAACAACAGCUGUGCAGGGCACCCAUCACACCAUCACAGGGCUGCUGUUUGCCUGUAAGUACCGGGUUGCCGUGGCACUGAAGGCUGACCCAGGGUCAGAGGCUGUUGCCUGGGUUACGACCCCGACAUGCUCCUCCAUCAGGGUCAGAGGAGGCAAAGCAUUGCCCUGCAACACAGAGGAGCGCCUCCUGUCGGGCAGGAAGGUGGUACUGCGUCCAGAGCGACUGACGACAGACUUUCAUCAGAUCAACGGCACCCUGCUCAUGACGCUUCGCUGGAGGAUGUCCCAGCAGGCCCUGGAUCCGGCAGCUGUGGAGGGGUUCCAGUUCACCUGGACCCUGCAAUCAGGGGUUACCACGACAACAGAAAGGCUGGAAGACACACUUAUCUCCCAGACGCAGACAAUUGCACCGUCUCAGCGGUCGGUGUCUGUUCGGGGUCUUCAGGCUGACAGUGUUUACCAGCUGAAGCUCCAGGUACUAACAGCAGGGGGCAGCAAAGGCGCUGCUGUCUCCAAGACCAUACAUUCCCCAGCUCUCAAUGCCACACUUUAAGAGGCUCAAACUCUGCCGCUGUCACCGCCUGCAGCAGCACAGUCUUCUUUAUCUACGUCCACUUCUCCACUGUCUUCCACAGCACAACAUGGUUUCAUUGCAGUUCAGCUGCAGAAAACAAGACCAACGCUGGAAAAAUAAAGAAAGUUCCUCUGUGUAAAGUGGAUCACUCACAAGUGUGUCCUACUCUGUUUGACAGCCCUGCUUCUCUUUCACUUUUAUCACUUUUCAAACAUCAGGGAGGUUGUAGACUUGCUAUUCUGGAAAUAAACAUUAAUAAUUCAUCUAAUCAGUCAAUCGUCCAAAUGUUACAGUCCAUCCAAUGUUGUUUUUGUACAAAUUGUAAAGAAGAUAACUGUACCUGUACAUGAUGCCACACUAGGUACUUGCAUUUAGUCUGGUAGUGUAAUAUGUAUCUGUAAACCACAUUUUUUUAUGCAGCAUUUUCCAAGAUUCCUCCUGGCAUUAGUGCCACAGUGCAGCCCUGCAAGACAUGUAUGUGAAAUGAAAGACUCCUUGCACGGCUGCAUCAGUAAAUGUUUGGUGUUUAUUUCUAACCACCUGACAUCACUGGAGCCAGGUGACACUUGUAAAGAGACAUAUUAUGUAUUGUUUUUGAUCAUGCAAGUAGAGAAAAUAUAGCACUGACCAUAUGUACAAAUAGAAAUAUAUAGCAUCAGACUGUGUUAAUAUCAAUGCAUAAUCUGUUGCAUUAUCUUUGGGGUCUUCAUUGGUGUGCUGAAGCCUCGAAAUAAGCUCAAAUAUAUUUUAAUAUUUUGUUUGUAUGUUUUUCAAAGCACAUUUUUCAAUCAAAUCUGUCUUAUGCACCUUGUGCAACAUUCAUUUAUUUAGUGGCACCCCCAUUUCACUAAAUGAUAUGUGACAUUUUUACACAGUUUUCCAGCUAAAUCUUUGGUAAAUUUCUUUGUUUUACAGAAGUAAUGGCAUUACUUUGAAAAGGUUGGAAACUACUGGUGUUAGGCAACCAGUUAUUAUCAUGUUAAUGUUCUCUUUAUGUAACCCCCUUUUUUUGACAUUUUAUUGUUGAUACUUUUGUACUUAAUUCCUUUACUUUUUGACUUUUAGUUUUAUUUAUUGUUUUUUCUGUCUUAGACUUUUGUAAUUAAAG